AUGCCUUAUGUGGCAAAAUUUUUGCAGAAGAACUUACACGGCGCAAAUUGCCCAAAUAACCUGCGCACUAUGGAAAAAACCGUUGAAAAUUCCAAAAAACUCUGGGAGUGCGCCAAGGAACCGUCUAUGAACUUGGACAAGUACAACUUCAAAUCCGCGGAGCUAGCUGUUUGA